AUGGCAGAAGGUACAGCGGCAGCUGCUACGACUUCUAACAAACGCACGUCUUCUCCCUCUCCUUCAACGCGUCCUGCAAAGGUUCCAAAGCGCAAGAGUCACGUCAGUCGAGCGUGUAAUGCAUGUCGAAGGAGGAAGUCAAAAUGCGACGCGAUGAAGCCCAAGUGCAGUACAUGCUCACUGUAUAACGACGAGUGCCAUUACACCACAGAGCAGGACGGUCGGAAGCCGGUCACGAAACCUUAUGUGGAUGCUCUGAAGCAACGUAUCAAAGUUCUUGAGACUUUAUUAAGAGAGCGGGGCAUAGACGAACUUGCCUCUCUCACGGAAUCCCAGCCACUCUCUCUUGGUCUUGCGCACGAAGAUAGAGCAGCCGGUGGGUCAUCUGGAGAUCUGAAUGCAGAGCCAGAGGACGAAGACUCUGAUUCAUUCUCUGUUAAUGACUUUGGGAUCAACAGGCUCAAGAUUGACGACGACACCGGGGAGUUGAGACAAUAUGGUCCAACUUCAGCGUUUAUGCACUUGCCUGAACCAUCAGUUUCAUCAUCUUCUGCAUCGAUGCCACUGAAUGCUACUCCGCUUGGUGCUUCUUCGCCUUAUAGUACAUCGUCUCCAGAAUAUUCUGGAGGUACAGACUUCGAUUGGUCGCGAAAUCUGCCAGUCGUUGACGGUUUCCAUCGGGAUAUUCACGAUGAACUUAUCGAUAUGUUUUUCGCUUACUUCAAUAGCUGGUGCUAUUGGGUCGAACCUACUCUUUUCAAAAGAGACGUGGCAAUAUGCUUGUCCUUUUCAGCGGCACCUCCUCUGGCACGGACAUCCCAGUAUAGCGGCCUUCUGCAUAAUGCUAUUCUUUCCUUAGCCGCAAAUUAUUCAGAUCGUACAUGCCUUGGCUCAUGCGACAAAGGUGCUGUGUUUGCCUCUGAAGCAAAGCGAGCCAUCGAUUCUGAGGCUGAAAGCCCGAUGCUAAGCACCGUCGUGGGUCUGAUGUUACUUGGCAGUUAUCAUUCCGGGACAGCACGUCAUGGUCUGGGGUAUAUGUAUGCCGGUAUGGGUUUACGAAUGAGCCAGACUCUCGGUCUUGGAAUUGAUUGUUCGAAAUGGAUUCAGAAACGUCUCAUUACAGAGUCCUUCAAAGAUGACCGUGAUCAUACGUAUUAUAUGUGCUAUAUACAGGACAAACUGUGGGGUUUCUAUGUUGGCCGGAGCCCUACGUUGAAAAUGUCGGAAAUAGAGACUCCCUUUCCUAGUGUCAACAAGGAAAGGGAUGCUGCUCUCUGGAUGCCCGUACAACUGACAUCACAGUCGUAUCUGAUUUCAGAAGAGGAUUCAGAAGAGGACCCAGACACCAUGGAGCUUCAAGAUAUCCGUAUACCCAGUUGGGCGAGCACCAAUUUUCUUUGGACUUGUAAACUCGCAUAUAUUGCGGAACGCGUGGCCGAUGUAGUAUAUCAUCUGCGUGCUAAGAUAUCUUCUGCCAGAACUCAAAAUCUUGUCUCUGAUCUAGAUAUCCAACUGGAGAAAUGGUACGCCGAUCUACCCGAAGGUCUUGUUCUUUCCAGUAAGAACCCCAGCCCGCCACAUGUCAUUAUGCUCCAUGCUAUGUAUUACUUCGUCGUAAUACUUUUACACCGGCCGUUUUAUCUCCGAGGCAGUUCUCAUGGAAACGAAUUCGCUGUUUCUCGUUGUAGUAAAGCAUCAUCACGAAUCGUUCAGCUUCUAGAUUUGUAUCGCGAAUGUCCAGGGCUUCGCUAUGCACCUAUAACUCUCACUCAAAUAACAUUUACAGCAGGAACGUCGCAUCUCCUCGGUGCUGUGACGCAAGGGAAUGGCCGCACCGAGAAACAAACAGCCGCAUCUCUAGAAGGUGCGAAAACUUGCUUGCGUGCUCUACAAGAAAUGGGCCAUUCGUGGCAAUGUGCGACACAGAGCGGCGAAAUUCUUAGCCGGCUGCUAGUGGACUGGUGUCCAGAAUCUAAAAGUGACCCUCCCGAUUCAGAAGAUACCUUUAAUCGAACCGAAGAACGUGGGAGACAGCAAAUCUCGACAAGCGACUUAGAAUGGGCUAACGAUCCUUCUUCUGACAUUGCGAAAGCGUUGGUAAGUCUGGGAUGGACGCCGCCCACGAUGGCGGGCCCGACCGCUCCUGCUACAAGUGUCUCCUUCCCCUUGACACCCAUGAAUCUUUCCGAACUAUCUACGUCGACAUUGCUGCAGAAUACUCCGAGCUUCGUUGACCAUCUACACCUGAAUACGGCAGUGUCAGGUUCUCAAGAUAUUGGUCCUGAUUCCUUAUCUCAGAUGUUCAGUACUGCGAGCUCAGGCCAGGAGACGAUGCAUUCCAGUCCUAGCAUGUGGCCUUUGCUAGGACCAGGAUAUACGUGGAACUGGACCUCAAAUUUUGACGAUGUUUUCAUGAGGCAUCCAGACUUUGGAGACCGUGAGUCUGAGAGUCACUCUUGA